AGGAAGGAGCUCGCGAAGAUGUCGGCGGACGACGGCGAGGCCUGGGACGGAAACCGGCCGCGCGGGAAGGGCAGCGGAGACGGCGGGGUGCUCAACCGCUUCGUCAGGCUCCCGCCGAAGCCGGGAGGGGGCGGCCUCCGAGUCCCGCCGGCCAGGAGCGGCCACCGCUGCGUAGCCAACAACUCCAACUUGUAUGUGUUCGGAGGGUACAAUCCAAACUACAAGGAGUCCGGAGGGCCGGAGAAUGAAGACUACCCGCUCUUCAGGGAACUCUGGCGGUACAACUUCGCCACAGGCACCUGGCAUCAGAUGGGCACCGAGGGCUACAUACCGAGGGAGCUGGCGUCCAUGUCCCUUGCGUUGCAUGGGAACAACCUCUUGGUGUUCGGCGGCACCGGGAUCCCUUUCGGCCAGUGCAACGGCAACGACGUCCACGUGUGUAAUGUGAAAUACAAGCGCUGGGCCCUGUUCAACUGCCGAGGGAAGAAGCCGAAUCGCAUCUACGGGCAGGCAAUGACCAUCAUCAACGGCUCUCUGUACGUGUUCGGAGGGACGACCGGCCACAUCUACAGCACAGACCUGCACAAGCUGGACCUGAACGCCCGAGAAUGGACCCAGCUGAAGCCCAACAACAUGCACUGUGACAUGCCGAAGGAGAGAUACAGGCACGAGAUUGCCCACGACGGGCAGAGGAUUUACAUCUUGGGAGGGGGCACUUCUUGGACAGCGUACUCCUUGGACAAGAUCCACGCGUACAACCUCGAAACAAACUCCUGGGAGGAGAUCGCAACGAAGCCUCACAAGAAAAAAGAAUUCCCUGCUGCCAGAAGAUGCCACAGCUGUGUGCAGAUAAAAACCGACGUCUUUGUGUGUGGAGGAUACAACGGAGAAGUGAUCCUCGGAGAUGUCUGGAAGUUGAACCUGCAAACCUUCCAGUGGGUGAAACUCCCGGUCAUUAUGCCUGAGCCGGUUUACUUCCACUGUGCUGCCGUGACUCCGGCUGGCUGCAUGUACGUCCACGGCGGUGUGGUGGACAUCCUUCAAAACCGACGAACUGGGUCUCUUUUUAAGAUGUGGCUGGUAGUGCCCAGCCUGUUGGAAUUGUCCUGGGAGAAGCUCCUCGAAUUCUACUCUCACUUAGCAAACCUUCCCAGAGCGCAGCUUUUGCAUCUCGGCCUCACAGAGGGACUCAUCGACCGGUUGAAAUGAGAACUGCCUGCGCCCGAAACACUUAAUUUAAGAGCGGCUCCACCACCCUCUUCCCCCCUCCCCUUUUCUCUCUCUCUCUCUCUCUCUCUAUUUAUAAGUAGCGCAGAGGAUGCUGCUAAGGAGAUCGAAGGCCUCGCUCCGUAGCCUCGCUCGGCAAAAGGCAUCAAAUGCUGUCCCUGUGAAUUCUUAAGUUUACGGGAAGUUGGCUUUUUUAAAAAAACAAAAACCCGUAAACAAAACUUACAGAUACCUAAAAAUACAUCACGAGCUAAAGAUGCUGUCUUUGAACUAACUCCCACCGCUUUGGCCGCAUGCUUGUAGUUUUAAGUUAGGGAGAAGGGUGGAUGCCGGAGCCAGCCUUCGUCCUCUUAGCUGUCGUUUCGUAAGGUGCGCGCGUAACGCCAUCGACCUUGCCGACGCGUAGUGGUUCCCGCGGUUCCGCCUCCACACGCUGGAAUCCAUCCCGCCCGACGGCGGCACCUCGGCGGACGCGUUUGCCAAUCGGAAGAGAGCCGCAGCCCACUCCUCGCGGGGCAGAAAGGCAGCGAGGGAGUCGCCGAGUCUUACAGUUCCUGCUUGUGUCUGCCAUCAGAGGACUUUACUGGAACAAAACAAUCAUAUAAUGUGAAUGCCGCCUUUCCCCCCCCCCCCCUUUUCGGCUUUUGCAAGCUGUCUGCUCGAGGGGACUUGAAAUCUCACGCUUUGCGAGCAGGCCAUCCACCCCCCCAACCCCACCCCCCCCGGUGAAAAAGCUUAAUUACAAAUUGUUUGUUCUUUCCCAGGAAGUAACUUGCUAGUGGGGGUGCUUUCCACUGGCCGUGGGAGGGGGACGGGGGGUGGGGGUGGAAUUCUGCCACCACUUCUUCUAGUGGAAUGGCUCUGCCGUAGCCCUGUCGCAGGCGGAGCGGAGCGUGGCCCAGACGGCUUGCCUUUUUCUUUUGCUGUGAGCAGUCAUUUGCCUUUUUUCUCAAGUGCUAGACAAGAAACCGUGUCCGUGUCUUAACUGUUGUGUUCCAAACGGCUCUGGAAAUAAGUUCUGUGGAAUGUAUCGACAACCAACCAACCAACCGAGCCUCGUCCACUUGCCAGAGAAAAACGGGGGCUCGAGUCUGCGUGUUUUGUUUUAUUUUUUAUUAUUGUACAUGAAGUUCUACCUUU